CCACCUCUAAGAGUAGAAGAGGCAGAAAAGAAAUAGUAGUAGAUUGUUAUUAUACUUAAAAAAAUAAUUAAAUUGAAAGAAAAUAAACAACUAGUUUUAGGAAUACGGAAACCUUGUAGAUAAUUGCACCAUGGCGAGCCUAAUACAGAAGAGCCUUCCGCUGACCAAAACCAGCACUCCGGCGCUGCAGUUCCUCCGCUUCAGGGGCAAGAUCAACAUACAGCGGCCAAAGGAGCCCCACUACGAGCGUGCCCGCGUCAUUGCCGUCACCCAUCCGAAAUAUCCUGAGCCACCAAAGGCAAAGAGCUGCUUCAAAACGCGUGAGGAGCGUACGCAGCAGCAGCUGGAGAACCCCUACAACGAGAUCAUCGCCCGGGAAGUGCGCAACUGGCUGGACCACUCCCGUCUGGUUGCCGUUUUCCACCUCAACUCCAUUACAGCCGACGAGAUAUUCCGCGUGCGCGUUCAACUGCACAAACAGAACCUGCACCUGAAGUCCUACGGCAGCAAGAUCAUCGGACAGGCGGUGAAGGGUACACGCUACGAGGCUAUCCUGCCGUUGUUUCACUCCAAUCACUGCAUUGUCUUCUCCCCGGACCAGCAGAGGACUGCCACCCUUCUGAGGAUCACUCGUAAGGUGCCGCAAAUGGUCCUUCUAGGUGGCAUCGUGGAGGAGACCUUGGUCAGCAGGAACCAGCUGGUGGCCUACGCCCAGAUGCCAGGCCUGCAGGCGGCGCAGGCACAACUGGUCCAAACCCUUAACCAGGCAGCUGGUCAUCUUGUCCAGCAAUUGCAGGCGCAUCAGAACAGCUUCGUGCAAGUCCUUGAUGUCCAUGCAACGAAGAAGGCGGAGCCGGAGUCAACGGAGGAGUCCAAGUGAAACAAGUUUGUUAAAUAACAAGAAAAUCGAAAAUGUA